GUUUUUUAUUUUUAUUUAUUUUAACCAUCUUUGAGAAAAAGUGGAGGGUUCGUGUUUUGACCUCAAUGACGUUUCAUCUCUUUCCGGGUUAGCGCUUCUUCUGGCAUGGUUGUUCGAGUCUUCUACCUAUGUACCAUGUGUAACUAGAAAUCAGAAAAUAGGAUGAGUUCUCAGAAAGGUAAUGCAUCUCGGUCGCGAGCCCAGAAGCAUCAAAACACCGUCGCCUUCAAAAACGACAAAUACGGAGCGACUGUGCAAGUAAAGAAAGCAAAAUCGAAAAUCCACGAUGGGCUCUGCCAACACUGUAAAGAUAUUCUUGAGUGGAAAGUCAAGUACAACAAAUACAAGACACUAACACAACCCCGAAAAUGUGUCAAGUGUUCUCAGAAGAGUGUGAAGGAUGCGUAUCACAUCAUCUGUAAGCCCUGUUCCCUUCAGCUCGACAUCUGCUGCAAGUGUGGAAAGAAAGAGGACAUUGUUAUUCCAGUUAACUCACACCUUGACAACACAGAGAAGGAAGAAGAUGGAGAACAGAAAAGGAAAGGACGUGGGCAAGGAAAGAAGGACGCGGAUAACUUGGACAGUGAUGAUGAUUAUGAUGAUGAUGAUUUUGGUGACCUUGGAGAUGAUGAUGAAGACUUUGACAGUGACUCAGGACCAAAGAAAACACAGAAGAACAAGUCUGCUGUACUUCCAGAUGUGUCCCAAGUUAAGAUUAAAGACUAAAGACAAAGAAAGGCUAAUGUGCCAAGUGGACUUUUUCUGUUGUUUUUACAUACAGUGUAUACAAAAGAAGUUUGUGGUUCGUGAUGUGACCAUUCUCAAAUGAACUAAAGCAAAUUAACAACAUUGCUGGAUGAUAAGUUAAUGUCAACAACAGCUGAGCAAACAGAAGCUCCCAGAUGAUUCAGAAAGCUUUUGAAUGAUUGUACAUCCUUUUUUUUAUUUGAGUUGGUCUCCAUCGAAAGCCUGUCAAGUGAUGAAUGGGCUGUAUAAUGUACUGUACAUUCUCCAGUCCGUUCACAAGCAAUACCAGUUAAAUAUAUAUAUUCAGUAUUUGAAUGUACUGUAAUAAAAACCUGCACGCUGUGUACAUUCAUUUAGAUACAUUUA